AUGGCAUUCCUUGCCAGCGCCAAUUCAGGACUCGGAUACGCCACCACUAUCACCCUUGCCGCCCACGGAGAUCGAGUCUUCUUGGCCUGUCGAAACCAGAGUCGCCCACAAGAGGCGCUUGAGAGAGCAAAGGAGGAGUUCAAGUUCAGGUGCUCCAACUCCCCUACUCUGCAGCUCGAGUUCGUGGAGUUGGAUUUGGGCGAUAUGAACAAGACUCGACUGGCUGCUCAGGAGAUCUUGAAAAAGAGCUAG